UGCAAGCUUCCACGGAUAAAGGUAGCUCUAGCGUGCCGUUUGCUGAGCUAUUUAUUAUCGGCUGCUGGGAGCCGUGAGGAGAGCGGGGCGAGCUCGGAAUCCGCUAUGGAUACAAUAACCUAUGAGGAUGUGCAUGUGAACUUCAAUCAUGAAGAGUGGGCUUUGCUGAAUCCUUCCCAGAAGAGUCUCUAUAAAGAUGUGAUGCUGGAAACCUACUGGAACCUCACUGCUGUAGGUUACAAAUGGGAAGACCAGAAUAUUGAAGAUCAUUGUCAAAGUUAUAGAAGAUAUGGAAGGUAUAUCAUCUGUCACUCUGGCUACAAGCCAAGUGACCCUAAGGGAUAUGGAAAGAAGAAAUAUACCUCACUUUCUCCCAGAAAAAUAAGAAGAUAUUUAGUAGUUCCCACAGUGGAAAAACAUAGUAAUCCUGAUACAAGUGUACAAGUAAUUGGAUUUCCAACUUCUUUGGGAAUGCAUCUACAUACGUACACUAGACAAAAUCCUUAUAAGUACAAGGAAUCUGGAAAUUCUUCUGUCUGUCCUGGUUCAUGUUGCAAAUGUAGUGUGAGUUGCACUACAGGAAAAUGUUAUGAAUGCAAUCCAUGUGGUAAAGCUAUCGGUUCUUCCAGGUCUCUUCAAAGACAUUUAAAAAUUCUUAUGGGAAAAGGAUGCUAUAAACAUGAGCCAUGUACUAAAGGCUUUAAUCAUCAUAGGCAUCUUCAGACACACAAAAGAACACAUAAUGAAGAGGCACCCUAUGAUUGUAAACAACAUGAUAAAACAUUUAGACUUGAGUCUACUUUACAUUUACACAAAAGAACUCAUUUGAAAAUAAAACCCUAUGAAUAUAAUCAAGAUGAGACACAUGUUGUAUGCCACAGUCAUCUUCAAGUACCCAGAAAUCAUACUAAAAAGAAACAGUAUGAAUGCCAUCAAUGUGGAAAAGCCUUUGCAAGUCCCAGUCUUCAAACACAUGAAAGAACACACACUGGAGAGAAACCUUAUGAAUGUAAUCAGUGUGGUAAAGCCUUGACAACUACUGGUGAUCUUCAAAGGCAUGAAAGAACUCAUACAGGAGAGAAACCCUAUGAAUGUAGUCAAUGUGGUAAAGCCUUUGCACAUAAAAGUCAUCUUCAUAGUCAUGAAAGAAGACAUAAUGGAGAGAAACCCUAUGAAUGUAAUCAAUGUGGUAAAGCCUUUGGAGAUCCCAGUAAUCUUAAGCAUCAUGAAAGAAGUCAUACUGAAGAGAAGCCCUAUGAAUGUAAUCAAUGCAGUAAAGCUUUUACAAAUAGUCGUGCUCUCCAAAGGCAUGAAAGAAGUCAUACUGGAGAGAAACCCUAUGUAUGUAAUCAAUGUGAUAAAGCCUUUGCAUCCCGCAGUAAUCUUCAACAGCAUGAAAGAAGUCAUACAGGAGAGAAACCCUAUGAAUGUAACCAAUGUGGAAAAGCCUUUGCAUAUCCUAGUAAUCUUCAACAGCAUAAAAGAAGUCAUACUGGCGAGAAACCCUAUGUAUGUAAUCAAUGUGGUAAAGCAUUUGCACAUAAAUAUCAUCUUCACAGUCAUGAAAGAAGUCAUACUGGUGAGAAACCCUAUGUAUGUAAUCGAUGUGAUAAAGCCUUUGCAUACCGCGGUAAUCUUCAACAACAUGAAAGAACUCAUACAGGAGAGAAACCCUAUGAAUGUAACCAAUGUGGAAAAGCCUUUGCAUAUCUUAGUAAUCUUCAACAACAUAAAAGAAGUCAUACUGGUGAGAAACCCUAUGUAUGUAAUCAGUGUGGUAAAGCAUUUGCACAUAAAUAUCAUCUUCACAGUCAUGAAAGAAGGCAUACUGGAGAGAAACCCUAUGAAUGUCAUCAAUGUGGUAAAGCUUUUGCACACUCCAGUAAUCGUAAAAACCAUGAAAAAAAGUCACACUGUAGAGAAAUGCUAUGAAUGUAAUCACUGUGAUAAAACCUUUGCAGACCUCAAAAGUCUUCAAAUGUAUAAAAUAAAUCAUACUGGAGAGAAACCCUAUAGGUGUUAUCCAUGUGGCAAAGCUUUUGCACAAAACAGUCAUCUUCAAAAUCAUGA